AGCCUUGAAGCAGGGUGUGGUUGUGAAACCAGCAAGAUUUCUAGUAAUGCCCUGGGUUUAAAAAUGAGUAGAAUCUGUUCAGUCAGUCAGUUGAGACAUCGCUUAGACUUGUGCUCAUCCAUUUCCCAACCUUCCCUCACUCCACCCUGUUGCUCAUUUAACACAAGAAUCUAAUCAUAUCUUUGUCAUUGCAUUGUGAGCGCUGCUGGAGCAUUGAUUUGAGCGGGUGGACUGCGGGCCUGGUUUAACUGGUCCUUGGAUACAGACUGUGUGCUCUUUACCCUGGCUGUGCAGCUGCUCUCUGAUAGUGCCAGAGAUCAGGGCUCAGGAGGGUGAUACUGGGAGAGAAGGAAACUUGUCAAGAUGUCGCGGCAAAUUGCAUCAGGCAUUGUAAAAAUCAAUGAUUACUUUUAUGAAAAAAUAGAUGUCAGAGUUCGGGAUUACCCACUAAUGCAAACUCCAAUAGAUAUGACUGUUAUACUGCUGACCUACGUCUUCUUCGCUGUCUACGCCGGGCCGCAGCUCAUGGCCAACCGCAAACCUCUCCGUUUAAAUGCAGCUAUGAUAAUCUACAAUCUGUCCAUGGUUUUAUUCAACGCUUACAUUGUCUAUGAGUUCUUGAUGUCAGGAUGGGCUACAACAUUUACAUGGAGAUGCGACCUCAUUGACCUCUCCAGCACGCCGCAAAGCCUCAGGAUGGUUCGAGUAGCAUGGAUGUUUUAUAUUUCUAAAUAUAUUGAACUUCUGGAUACGGUGUUCUUUGUGCUAAGGAAGAAACAAAACCAGAUAACAUUUCUCCAUGUUUUUCACCACUCAGUUAUGCCUUGGAGUUGGUGGUGGGGCGUCGCUCUUACUCCUGCUGGAGGAAUGGGCUCUUUUCAUGCUAUGGUGAAUUCUGCCGUCCACGUCAUUAUGUAUUUCUACUAUGGACUGUCUGCCGCCGGCCCACGCUUUCAGAAAUACCUGUGGUGGAAGAAGCAUAUGACGGCCAUCCAGCUAAUUCAGUUUAUCCUGGUGUCCGUUCAUAUCACCCAGUACUACUUUAUGGAAAAAUGUGACUAUCAGUUUCCCCUGUGGAUUCACCUCAUCUGGAUGUAUGGCGUUUUCUUCUUUGUCCUGUUCUCUCACUUUUGGGUGCAAGCUUACAUAAGAGGCAAACGACUUCCGGCCUCAAAGAGCACCAAAGAGAUGAAUGGACCGACACAAGACGCUGUUACAGUUGUGGCCAAUGGCGUCCACGUGGGUAACGGGCAUGUCCCCCAGCACAGCAAUGGGAAAAUAUUCAUGGCCAAAGUAAAGGAAAUUUGACUUGAAGUAAGAAGAAUCUACAUUUUGAAGUGGUUAUUUUAGGACAGUCAUAUUUAACACUGCCUGAGAUUAUGUUGCUCCCCAAAAAUUCCACAGCAGCACUGUGUCCAUGCGAGCGUGGAGUGCACCUCAGGGGUAUGUGAACGGCAUUCUGUGUGGCCAAUUGUGUUUUAUUGUAUGUAACUAAUUAUUGUAUUGGUCACUCAACUGUUGCUUCUCUCCAAUUUAAACUCGGGCUUGAAUCUGACUCUGACUGGAAGACUACAUGACAGCUUAUGUUUUGGAGUAUUGCACAAUUUCCACUGAAAACAGCACAUGUAAAUACCAAAUGAAUGUCGGAACAUUUUUAAUUGUUUUUUGUUUAUUUAACUUUUGAAAUAAAAUGAUGUUUCAAGUUUGUUUUAUAAAAUUAGUAAACCUAAAUGUUUUCAUUAAGAAAAUGUUAAAAGCAGUCACAAAGUGGACUUUUUUUUAGACUGAAAUGUGAAAUAACAUACUUGCCCUGUGAGGCAAGGAGGGUUUUGCAGUUUAUGUAAAAUAAAAGUUUUACUCCCAGCGAGUAUGUAAAAGCAUUUUCUCAUUACUGUUAGAUGGCUAACCUUAUGAACCAGUCAAUGCUUUAAAUUAAAGCCCCAGUAUGUGAUUUUUUUUUGCCAAAAAAUAGACAAUAAAAGCACAUUUUUUUCAUUUUA